AUGAGGACAUCAGCGUUAGCGGCGACGAGGUGCAGCAGCGACGAGCGACGACCAGGACAAGGUCAGCGGCGACGGAGUCGUCGACGAGCGUCGGCAGGAGGGCGCGGCGGCGGCGGUGGCGGCGGCGGUUGCGUCGGAGGCGGCUCGAAAAAGUCCAAGUCCUCCUCCGACCACUGCGGCGGUUCGAAAAACGGAGGCAGCGGCAAACCGCGGCGCGCCCGGACGGCGUUCACGUACGAACAGCUGGUGGCGCUCGAGAACAAGUUCAAGACGACGCGGUACCUGUCGGUGUGCGAGCGGCUGAACCUGGCGCUGUCGCUGUCGCUCACCGAGACCCAGGUGAAGAUAUGGUUCCAGAACAGGCGGACCAAGUGGAAGAAGCAGAACCCCGGGCUGGACGUGAACAGCCCGACGGUGCCGCCGCCCGGGCCGGCCGGGUCGUCGGCCACCGGCGGCCCGCCGUUCUUCCACCCGCUCGCCUAUUCGGCCGCGCACCACUACCAGACGCAGAGCUACUCGGCCGCCGCGGCCGCCGCGUACUUCCAUCACCUGGGCGCGCACCACUCCACCAUCGGCGGCCACCACCCGCCGUCGUAAUGGCCCGCGCCCGUUCCCGUUCCUAUUUUAUAUAAUUAUGAUGAUAUGCAAUACGGAUCGCAACGCGAAAAGCGACCGCUGCCGUCGUCCACGGCGGCCGCCGGCGAGAUCUCAAAACAAUAUAAUAUUUAAUGAUGACGAUAAUAAUAUAAUAAUAUAUAAUAAUAGUUACGCGUGCGAUGUAGUCGCGAGAGGAAGUCGCCGUAAAACCGGAAACGAGUUCGCGGCGCCGGCAGUAACGAUACAUAAUAUACGGUACCGCAGUCGCCGGCCCGUGGUGUCAGGUACUGGCCACAUCACUGCUGCUGCUGCUGCUGCUGCUGCACGGAUUGACGCGUGUGUGGGUGUGUGUGGGGAGUGUGGUGGUCAGUGUGUACGUCUUAACGGGGGGGGGGGGGGUCUUAAAUUUCUAGUCCAUUUUUUCCGACCGUUUUAACGCACAUCUUUCGACGACGACGAGUACUUGCAGAGGUUUUGAAAUACAUAUAUCUAUUUUAUAUUUUUAUCGUUAUAAACGUGUGUUCAUAAACGACAACGUAUACGCGUGUUCGGUUAUUUUCAAAUACGCAACGACGAACAUUUUUCGGUACAUAUCCAGAUUUAUUUAUUUUUUCGUUUUGUUUUAUUACAAUGCAUUACAAUUUUUAUCCUCGGAACUUUCAACUCGUCGACUUGUUCGGUUAAUGUACUCGAUUACUAUGAUCUCCCCCCCCCCCAAAAAAAAAAAAAAGAGAAGUGAAUCCAACAGACGGCGACCACUGUGAUAUGUGCUCUAAUCUUUAAAACGUCGUUAUGAUAACAUGUGCGGUGGUCCUGUCUCGCGCACUUCUCUUACGUCACAUAACCGUUUGCCGAGUAUUCGCGGUAUACCUAUUCAAUGUUGUAUCGAUAUUACCGGUAAAGCCGUGAAUAACCACUCUGCACCCACCACGUCUCAUUAUAUACUUGUAUUGUGUUAUGUUUUCGCGUGUAAUGAUAUUGUCACGUCGUCGCGCGAUGUCAUAUUAUAUAUAGCUAAUGUUUUCCGUACACCUCUUCUGCGCCCGCCCCCGCAAAUCUGUAUGAUAGUAUGUAUAUUUGGUACUUAUGUGUAAACUAUUGCAAAUUGUACGUCUUAUUCUUGUUAUCAUAACAUAUAAUAUUGAUAUAAUGUAUUGAACAACAACGGAAACGGUCAUUCGCGGUGAUCCGGUGAACCGUUUCCGCAACAGUCGAGCGAUCGACACGUACAAAAGUAUAAUAUAUAUUAUUGUGUAUCCGCGUAAUUUAAUAGUGUUGUUACCGUACUGACGAUAUGUUAUGUACCAAUAUGUCAUGUAAGUAGUAAAAAAAUCCGGCCGGGCCUUACAAAACGUAUCGGUUACUUUUCGAGCCGAACCUUAAGGUUACCUAUAUUAUUACAGGGUGUUUCAUCUGUGUGUGGAUCCAUACAAGCUUUGAGUAUGAUAUCCUGUCGGAGAGUGAAUUCGAAAUCAAGUGUUUGAUUCAUAUGUGUCUACGUGGGUUUUGAGGGUGCCUUCUAAUUAUCCGAUAGAAAUUAUUUUUUAUUAAAAUAACAAUUUAAUAAUUUAUCAUUUUUUUUUAAUUUAUAAGUACAUACUCGUAAUAUUUAAUUUUUAUUUCGAUUUGAAAUCAAACCCCCUUAUUGUAAACCCAAUACCUCAAUUUUUUAUUAAUAACUUGGUUUUUGAUAUUUUACGGUAUCGCGUACCAUUCCGGUGCCAGAAAUCUUAAAAAUGCUCAUGACAUAUACUUACCCAAAAUAUAAGGGUUUUGAGAACAACAAUUCGUAUGUAAUAUUUUACGACAAGUUAGUUUGAAAUUGAAUAAGUUAGAAAAAUACACUCGGUACCUUUUAGAAUCCUACGUUAUUCACGUAACACAGAGAAGGUUUUCGAUUGCGCUCAAUUGACAUGAAAUCAUUAUCUAAGUUUGUACGGAAUAACCUGAAUCACUCUGCAGUAUGCAUUGUCAAUACAUCUCGUGUAAACUCAUGAAAUAAUAUAUGUAUAUUUUAUAUUAUUGUUGUUUCGUUAAUCUGUUUUUAUGUUUAUUGUUUAUAUUAUUAUUAUUAGAAUUAUUAUUAAUAUUAUUAUUAUUACACACACUUUGGCCAAUUCGGGCAGAAGUAUUAUCGAAACAGUUUUUUUGUUUGAUUUUAUCACAUAUCCGAUCUGCGAAUGCCCCUCAAUUAUUACAUUUUGCAAUAUAAUAUCAAUUUAAUAUAAAAUAU